AUGGUCUGCUGCUGGCUGACCGGGCCCCUGCUGCUGCUGCUGCUGCUGCAGCAAGCAGCAGCAGUGCCCUCGGCGGGCCCAGUGCCCGUGGCGCGGGUGGACAGCCUGCAGCAGCAGCAGCUGCAGCAGCUGCAGCAGCUGCAGCAGCAGCAGCGGCGGGGGACCUUCCCCGCUGCAGCUCAGGCUGCGGGCCGGCGGCGGGGGCCCCCCGGGUCCCCGCGGGGGGCCCCCUUCAAGGGGGGCCCCCCCUUCAAGGGGGGCCCCCCACCCCGCGGGGGGGGCCCCCGGGGGCCCCCCCCAGCAGAACUCGAGGGCCCCGGACCCGAGGGCCUCGUGGCCCGCAUUAUGGCCCAAGUGCCGCUGCUGUGGGCCUCGCAGUGGAGGCCUUUGCUGCUGGCAGCAGCAGAGCAGCCGCGAGCAGCAAGAGCAGCAGCACACCGCGACGUUGCUGCUGCAGUUGAAAGCUACUGCAGGCAGCAGCUCGAAGCAGCAGGACUUGCCGAGCAUGCAGCAGCAGAAGAGGCCCUUGCUUCUGCUGCCAAGGUACUCAGCGACGGGGCCCUCAUCAUGCUCUCCCUGGGGGGCCCCCUCAGCAGCAGCAGCAGCAGCAGCAGCGGGGACUUGCUGCAGAAGGAGGCGCCCGCGCCGCAGCCCACGAUGUACGACGACCCCGUGGGGCCCGCUGCUGCUGCAGCAGAAGACAGAGAGAAGCAGCAGCGGCAGCGCAUGCAGCAGCUGCUGCUGCCGCCGCUGGGCCUCUGGGGAGCAGCAGAUGCUUCCCGGUGGCGCCAAGACAUUGCCCUGAGGCAGAUGCUACAGCAGCAGCAGCAGCAGCAGCAGCUGGGGUGGGCGAACUCCCCGUAG